CAUGGUUACUAGUUGGAUUUGUUUCAGCUUCACCACAAUGAUACCCCUAUUUCUGUUCCCCUUUUUCUUUUAAGUCAUAUAUAUAGAUAUAGAUAUAUUUAAUGUGUAAGAGAGAUGCCAUUUAUCAUUUUUUCUACUCAAGAUUUAAUGCCUUUCUUACAGGUUUAUAUAUAUUCUUUUUAUGAUAAUGAAUUACUGUUUAUUAUUCCCUGCAAGAUAAAUAUCUAACACAUGUGUAAACACAUAUGUGUGUUUAUCAAUUUAUAAAUAAUGAACUUGAAAAGGAUGCAGUACAAAAAAUUUCAGUACAAAAUUCAGAACAAAAAAGAGAAUACAAAAUAUUGUAUAUGAACAAUUGAUUUAAAUAAGGUUAGAGGAAAAAGGUGAAGAUUCCUAUUUUUCAUUUUUUUAAUUCAGAAGUUAAAACUGAUGGAAUUAUCAAACAAAUUUGUUCACUCACCUUUCAUAGUCAUGAGCUGUACUUCCAGUCUUACCAAUACUCAUGAAUAUUUUUGAUUCAUUGUACUGAAAGGUAAUGAAGCACUAUUAUAUACAGUAAAAAAUAUAUAUAUAAAGGAACUCGUCCUCACAGCAGAAAUUGAUAGAACAUUGUAAAUCAACUAUAGUAAAAAUCUUCAAAAAAGAAAACUCAAUAGAAUUUUGAAUUAAGGAAAAACAAACCAACCUGUAAUCCUGACCUAUGCCAGUUCUGUCACAUUUUUAAAAGACUGUAAGCUUCUUGGAGGAAAUUUUUUUUCUACUUAGUUUUACCAUCUUACUGUGUCAAAGAUUCCCAUGAGAUUUCAGAACUGGUGUAAUGUUUCUGUUUUUAGAAAAGUUAUGUGGAAACGUUAGCCCCCUUCAAAUACCAGCGUAUUUAAAAUAUUCUACUUUCAUUAUACACAAGCUCAGUGUCUCUUUUCAUAAAGAUAGUGUCUGAACUUUGGGUUUAUGUGGUUCUUAUUUAUUGGUGGGCAUAUUGUGUCUCUUCCACCAGACUUUGAGCUCCUCAGUAUCUCACUGAUACCCUAGUCUUUAACUCACCUGGUGCCCAGUGAUUGCACUCAGUGGACUGUAAAGUGAGUUGAAAUAAUCAGUGACUCACACAAUCAAAGAGAUCAGUGAUUAGUCUAUCCCAUAAUCAUCACAAGUUCAGGAAAUCCAAACCUGAACCAUGUAGCCCUAGAAAAAGAUGGAGUGACUGAUGUAAGGUUAAAACAUAAAGAUAACCUUCCAUGUGAUGAAUUUUGGGGGAAGAUUUUGGAGGUAACUUAUAAACCAAAACACUUUAAGCAUUUUUAGGGCUUUAAAUAAUAAUUCGAGUUUAUACCAGACCUAACUGUAGAUGUGACUGUAAAUAAUUCAGCCCCAAGCCUGAAUUUGAUCUCAGAAUCUGGAUUAGAAUCCUGGUUUUACCGCUUUAACCUUCCUCACUGAUCUUCAGUGUUUAUCUGUAAGAUAUGGGGACUAGUGCCUAUCUGAUCUUGUUAUUGUAGGACUAAGCUGAUGUCUGGCAUAUCCCAAGUACUCGAUCAGCAGAAGUGGUAGGGUUGCUAUAGGUAGGAAAUCCCUAGAAGUUUUACUCAAGCAGUGUAGUAACCAGUGUAGGGAGAAAAAAACCUUUUUCUUUUGUUCUUCUAGGUUCUCAUCCAGAGCCUCUGUCACAGAAGGCAGAUUAACAAAAGAAAAGCAAAGUUUGCGAGCAUGUAUAUUUCAUUUAUACAUAGGAGAAACUCAGAGAAGAGUAACUCAAAGGAGUGGCUAGAACUUGGAUUUAAAUGCCAUCUUGAGCUAAAAUAAAAGAAGAAUGAUAUGGGGGAGGCAAGCUGUAUGAAGGUGAUCAGGCAGAACUUCGGGGACUGAAGGAGGGGUGGAUUCUCUGAAUCUGAAGAACAGUGAAGUAGGAGAUGCAGAGAAUAUGUAACAUAUUGCAAGGAAGACUGAUGAAGAAAGAUAAUGUGAUUCAGGUGCACCAUUGAGUUCCUUGGGAUGCAUAAAAGCGACUGGUUGGAAAGCUCAUGAAAUCAAAGACAAGACCCUGCCUCAGGGAGCGUACAUGAGAAUAAUUUCAAAGGAACCCAGGGAUAGAUGCAAAACAGUAGCUGUUGGAGGUAAUGGAAAUGUACUGGAGCAAAGGAAGAAGCCGGUAACUUCUAGGAAGCCAAGAUGACGAGAAUUUUAAAAAAUAAUCAAAGGAAGAAUCUUGUUCAAAAAUGAGGUGAAUUAACACUUGGACCCUCAAGAACCUGGGACAGCUACAUGAGCCUAAAAACCGUCCCGAGCAUCUCACCACACAAGUCUGUCAUGAGUCCUGACAGGAUGAAUGCACCACGGAGGGACAGUGUCCUGCCCUGUAGGAACAGUUACUGCUGACCUGCCGGGAGCAAGCGGGGGGCUGCGUGUUGUCCGCCAGUACAAUGAAGGAAGUGGUUUAUUGGUCACCCAAGAAGGUGGCAGACUGGCUGCUGGAGAAUGCUAUGCCAGAAUACUGUGAACCACUGGAACAUUUCACAGGCCGGGACUUGAUCAACCUAACCCAAGAGGAUUUCACAAAACCCCCCCUGUGCCGAGUCUCCUCCGACAACGGGCAGCGGCUCCUGGACAUGAUAGAGACCCUGAAAAUGGAGCACCACAUGGAAGCACACAAGAAUGGUCACGCCAACGGGCACCUCAGCAUUGGCACAGACGUCCCCGCCCCAGACGGCAGCUUCAGCAUCAAAGUCAAACCCAAUGGGAUGCCAAAUGGUUACAGGAAGGAGAUGAUAAAGAUCCCCAUGCCCGAACCGGAGCGCUCCCAGUACCCCAUGGAGUGGGGCAAGACUUUCCUGGCCUUUCUUUAUGCACUUUCCUGCUUUGUUCUCACCACAGUGAUGAUCUCGGUCGUCCAUGAACGAGUACCUCCUAAGGAGGUGCAGCCUCCACUACCGGACACAUUUUUUGACCAUUUUAACCGGGUGCAGUGGGCCUUUUCUAUUUGUGAAAUUAACGGCAUGAUCCUUGUAGGACUCUGGUUAAUUCAGUGGCUGCUCUUAAAAUACAAGUCCAUUAUUAGCAGAAGAUUUUUCUGCAUAGUUGGCACGCUGUACCUGUAUCGGUGUAUUACAAUGUAUGUAACCACACUCCCAGUACCUGGUAUGCAUUUCAACUGCUCUCCGAAGCUUUUUGGAGACUGGGAAGCCCAACUGCGGAGAAUAAUGAAGCUCAUAGCUGGCGGCGGUCUGUCCAUCACGGGCUCCCACAACAUGUGUGGGGACUAUCUGUACAGCGGCCACACGGUCAUGCUCACACUCACCUACUUAUUUAUCAAAGAGUAUUCCCCCCGACGACUAUGGUGGUACCACUGGAUUUGCUGGCUUCUCAGCGUGGUUGGAAUCUUCUGUAUCCUCUUAGCGCAUGACCACUACACUGUGGACGUGGUGGUGGCCUAUUACAUCACCACGAGACUCUUCUGGUGGUACCACACUAUGGCCAAUCAGCAAGUGCUAAAAGAAGCUUCUCAGAUGAACCUCCUGGCCAGGGUGUGGUGGUACAGGCCAUUUCAGUACUUUGAAAAGAAUGUCCAAGGAAUUGUACCUCGAUCUUACCAUUGGCCCUUCCCCUGGCCAGUAGUCCACCUCGGUAGGCAAGUUAAGUACAGCCGGUUGGUGAAUGACACAUAACAGCUGUACAAGGUGGGGAAAGAGGAACUGUCCGAAGUGCUAAGAACUCCAUGAGAGAAGAUGCCAUAAAAUAAACACCUCCCUAAUCCUGUUAUCCUUCAGUGGUUACCUUGACUUAACCUAUUGAGUUACCUGGUCAGCACUGUGAUCUUUUUUUCUCUCCAAAGGACCUGCGUUGGACAACAAUAAAGCAAAUUUCACCUAUCAUGCACUGUACACAUUUCCUGUUCAUAAGUUUGGGAUUUACAUAACCUGCGACUACCAUGUUCCUUUGUAUAUGAUGCAACAGCAUAAAUGUAAGCUUUUAUAUCAUAAGUUCUGGUCUUUCCAGUCACAUCUGGAAAUAAAGCGUAUUAUUUUCUUGGGAAAACAUACUUUUCAUAUCUCUUGCCCCAAAGAUUGGGCUGUAAGCCAUUUUCUAGCAAAUGUCUCUAUGAAGGUUUCUAAGUACCUGAAUGGGGUUCAAUUCUGAAAUCUUUCUACCUGUUGCACCGAUAUUCAAAUAAAAAUGACAGACACAGAAAGGUUUGGUAACUUUAGGUUUUGUAAAAAUCAGCAGAGACAGUGUGUCAAAAAGUGCAAAAAAAAAAAAAGAUUCUGUUAUAAAGUGAUUUUCUAAUAAGUAUUUCCUAACUUUAUUUUUCAAAAUGAUGUUAUGAAAACCAAAUUUAAAGAUUUUUACAUGUCAGAGAGAAGAGAGUUAAAAUUUUAAAAUGCUUCUUGGGAGAGAACUUUGUCUAUGUUUCUAGUGCCUUUCUUGUCUUGAUUGUAUGGUCAGUAGGCAAUCUUAAAUGUUUUUAUUUAAAAUAAAGUAUUCCAUGAAAGUAUAAAUGUAUGUAUACACUACUAAAUUUUUCAUUUAUAGCUAAAUUAAAUCAGAAGACUGCUUAUGGUUUUUAAAUUGCUAUGAAUUAAAGAAUGGGAGAGUUAAUUAGAAAGUCAGAGCCUGUUCCCAUAUUGUGAGCAGGUGGCAAUGACAUGUACCACUUAAAUUAUUUUUUCAUCUAUUUGGUAGUUCGAUUUUAACUAUACAAUGAGACAGCCAUGAAUACUUUGUUUUUAAAAAGAGAGUUUUGAAAAUGAUCACUAAGCUAAACUUGAAAGCUAUAAUUAUCCAUACUCUCAUGACAAUUUUGUUGGUGAACAACAACAACAAAAAAAGAUCUAUUUCUUUAAAAUAUAUUUGUGCAGGAACUGCAUGUAACUCUAAGUUUUGCUCCUAACAUAAGUAUGUUUGGGGAAGUAUUCUAUUCUAUACUUGCCAAUGUGGAGAACAAAAUAGUUUUUUAAGGAUGAAGAAGUUAUAUAUAUCCAUUCUGUAUUUUACGUGCAGCAGAAUUAUCUUCCGUAGGGUUUUUUUGUGUAUUCACAAGGUGAUAUUUGUAUUGUAAAACAAUAAUGGUGAAGGAAAUAAAAAGGCUUUUAAAAUUUUGUUUGUUUUAAA